CAUCUCUGUUUGAAUAUAAUCGAUACAAAAUGAACAAGUUCAUAAUAGUCGGUUUAUUGGUGGCCAUUGGUUACCAGUGCUGUUUGGCGGAUGAGGCGACCCAUAAGGCGUGGCACGAGUUUCACGACCAGAUGAAGGCAGCCGUGUGUAAGCCCGAGACCACCGACACUGCGAUGAUUCAAAGGUUGACGGAAUGCAAGAAAAAGUUCUUCAAUGUCCCGGCUGACAAAAUGGCCGAACACGAGGCCAAGGCAAUGGAGGCGUAUAAAGAGUGCGGAAAGGAUGAUGAUGUGAAAGCGUACACCAAGGUCGAUUUGACCAAUAAUGUGAACAAGUACGUUCUGAUGGGUUGGUGCGGUAAAGGUUUCCAUAAGUGUGUUCACGAGAAGUACCAAAAGGCCAAAGGUGAUGUGAAAAAGGACCCUGAUGCUAAAAAACAUUCCACACCCGAACAGAGGGCCGAAUUCAAGACUUGUCUAGAAAAGGCCGUCAAAGCCUAGAUCUAAAUAUCAAGCAAAUUAUUUAUAAGAUAUGU